CCGCGCUGGCUGGAGAGUAAUGUUACAGAGCGGAGAGAGUGAGGAGGCUGCGUCUGGCUCCCGCUCUCACAGCCAUUGCAGUACAUUGAGCUCCAUAGAGACAGCGCCGGGGCAAGUGCGAGCCGGACGGGCACUGGGCGACUCUGUGCCUCGCGGAGGAAAAGUAAUCAAACAUGGGCAAAGGAGAUCCUAAGAAGCCAAGAGGCAAAAUGUCAUCAUAUGCAUUCUUUGUGCAAACUUGCCGCGAGGAGCACAAGAAGAAGCACCCGGAUGCUUCGGUCAACUUUUCAGAAUUUUCCAAGAAGUGUUCAGAGAGGUGGAAGACCAUGUCUGCUAAAGAGAAAGGAAAAUUUGAAGACAUGGCAAAGGCUGACAAGGCCCGUUAUGAAAGAGAAAUGAAAACUUAUAUCCCCCCUAAAGGGGAAACAAAAAAGAAAUUCAAGGACCCCAAUGCACCUAAGAGGCCUCCGUCGGCCUUUUUCUUGUUUUGUUCUGAGUAUCGCCCCAAAAUCAAAGGAGAACAUCCUGGCCUAUCCAUUGGUGAUGUUGCAAAGAAACUGGGAGAGAUGUGGAAUAACACUGCUGCAGAUGACAAGCAGCCUUAUGAAAAGAAGGCUGCUAAGCUGAAGGAAAAAUACGAAAAGGAUAUUGCUGCCUACCGAGCUAAAGGCAAGCCUGAUGCAGCCAAAAAGGGAGUUGUCAAAGCUGAAAAAAGCAAGAAAAAGAAGGAAGAGGAGGAAGAUGAAGAAGAGGAUGAGGAUGAGGAAGAAGAGGAAGAUGAAGAAGAUGAAGACGAAGAGGAAGAUGAUGAUGAUGAAUAAGUUGGUUCUAGCGCAGUUUUUUUUCUUGUCUAUAAAGCAUUUAACCCCCCUGUACACAACUCACUCCUUUUAAAGAAAAAAAUUGAAAUGUAAGGCUGUGUAAGAUUUGUUUUUAAACUGUACAGUGUCUUUUUUUGUAUAGUUAACACACUACCGAAUGUGUCUUUAGAUAGCCCUGUCCUGGUGGUAUUUUCAAUAGCCACUAACCUUGCCUGGUACAGUAAGGGGGUUGUAAAUUGGCAUGGAAAUUUAAAGCAGGUUCUUGUUGGUGCACAGCACAAAUUAGUUAUAUAUGGGGAUGGUAGUUAUUUUUUUUUUUUCAUCUUCAGUUGUCUGAUGCAGCUUAUACGAAAUAAUUGUUCUGUUAAACUGAAAUACCACUCUGUAAUUGCAAAAAAAGAGUUGCAGCUGUUUUGUUGACAUUCUGAAUGCUUCUAAGUAAAUACAAUUUUUUUUAUUAGUAUUGUUGUCCUUUUCAUAGAUCUGAAAAUUUUUCUUGAGGGGAAGCUAGUCUUAAUUGCUUUUGUCCACUUUGAAUCACAUGAGUUAUUAUAGUGUUUAAUCUUUUCAUAUAGUUAGCUGAUAAAAGCUUUUGUCUACACACCCUGCUUAUUCAUGAUAUGGGUAAAUGUUCAAUUGAGACAUUUUUUCCUCCAUUACAAGCUCUAAAAUCUUGAUUGGUUAAUAGCAAAUUUCACAUAGCCCAGUUACAUUUCCAAAGUAAGGUGUAACCAGUCUACUUGCAGCAUGGGAUUGUUAGAAUCAAACAUUGAAAGUCUGUCCUUGAAGGACUUAAUAGAAAAGUAUGUUCUAGUCUUUACAUGAGGACUCUACAUUCUUUAACUCCCAUUACCAUGUAAUGGCAGUUAGAUUUGCAAAUAAUCCCACAUUAAAAAAGACCUGAGAAUGUAUCUCCAAAAGCGUGAGCUUAAAAGUACAAGACUGCCAUAUUUAAUUUUUUGUUGAGGUUAGUUCCAGCAAAGGCACUAGAAAAAAAGUACUGGCUGUAAAUAUCUACUUAUCUAAAUAUGGAUCAGUUAGGAAACUUGAUAAUCCAUCAAAGAUAUUUUUAAUUAGGCCAAUUUUUAAAGUGCAACAUUUUAGGAUCUUAUUUCCCUACAUUAUGGUUUGCCCCUUUAUAAGUCAGACAUGGAGACAUUUAAACUUUGUAUAAUUUAUUCAAUUUAGUUGGGUUUGAUUUUUUUCUUAAAAAACCCAAAUUCAUCAUUAGAGUCCUAAGUUUAUCUGCUUAGCACUUUAGGGAACAAUUUGGCAAUUCUGUGGUUUUUGAGAUUAUUGUUCUCUUAAAGUGCCAGUGUUUUAAAAUAGCGUUCUUGUAAUUUUACACGCUUUUGUGAUGGAGUGCUGUUUUGUUAUAUAAUUUUGACUUGGAUUCUUUCCAUUUGCAUUUGUUUAUGUAAUUUCAGGAAGAAUAUUGAACAUCUGAGUCCUGGAUGAUACUAAUAAACUAAUAAUUGCAGAGGUUUUAAA